AUGGCAACUGAACCUAACUGGAUUAAUGAUCCUAAGAUGUAUACAGUUGAAUUCAAGCCUCAGAUGAUAGGCUACCUGAAAUCCAACAAGCUUAAGCCAAACGAAUUACAAAAUCUAAUCGAAAGCAUUCUAACAUUCGAUUGCGAUUUUGAUCUCAUUGCCGAAUAUUUACCAUAUAUUAAUGUUGAUUUCGAAAAUAAUUUAAAGAAUGCAACACCGCUUUUAAGUUUUCUCAGAGAACUGUUUGGCAUUAAACUCUUAGAUGACAUUGUUCGAAUGAUUAAUAAGAUUCCAAAUGAUUCUGUCAACAAGCCACCAGCAGACGCAGAAAUUUUACCUUCUCCAGUUGAAACAGCAGGUGUUCAUAAGAAAAUUAGUGCUCAUGCUGUAGAGCCAAAAGAAGAACCAGUCCAACCCCAAAACGAUACAACAAGUCAACAUUCAGCCAUAUCAUUAGAAGAUAAUGAACUACAGCCAGUUGACUCUCUAGUUUCAAAAUUAAAAGCUAUUAAAAGAGAUAGGAAGAACUUUGCAGCAAUCUACAAUUUGUUAGAACAAGCUGUUGAGGAAGGAGAUGAGGAGACGAUUCGUUUUGCAAUUAAACACAAAUAUACAACUGUCAUGAGGAAUUCUUAUGAUAACCUCAUACGAGCAGCUGCAUGCGAAGGAAAUCUUCCAAUGAUCAAAUUAUUUGAAAAAUGUGGCUUCGACAUGCGUAAUGAAAUCAUUCUUCAUAGUUUUUGUUCAGGAGGUUCACUUGAUGGCGUAAAAUACGCGCUUCAGUUCCAUCCUGACGUUAAUGAAAAAGAUUCGAAUAAUUGGAGACCACUUCACAAUGCUUCAACAGCUAAUCGCCUUGACAUUGUCAAGUUCCUUUUGAGCCAACCAGGUAUUGAUAAAAAUCCAUUAUCUAGGCAAGGUUUCACACCACUUGAUAAAGCAGUUACAAAGGGCCAUAAAGAGCUUGCUGAAUAUAUGAGAGGACAAGGAUGCUUAGAAUCAAAGGAUUUAGAUAAUGGUCCUCGCUUUAUAACAAACAAAAUAGAAUAA